UACUAACGAACAGGCGCGAAAUCGUAACUUACACAGUUUAUGUUAAAAUAAAUAAAAAUAAUCAAAAUGGAUUCAUCAAUGAACGGUGGUUUUAAUCAGAACGGCGAUGGGCAAACUCCUAAAACAGAGGAAAAGGAUCAAACAGUCGUACCUUUAGUUAUUCAGCAAGUCAAAGGAUGGUCCGGAGACUCCCUCAAAGUUUGGGGCAUGAAUGUGAAUAUUGUGAAAUUGGUCGGCGUAGUAAAAAAUAUAGAAAACUCAUCUACCAAAAUAACGUACACCAUCGAAGACCACACCGGGACAAUCGAUUGCUACUAUUGGUUAGAAGAGAAUAACACCAAAAGUUUGUCCAAUAUAAUGAUGAAUACUUAUGUCGAAGUUUUCGGGAACGCCCGCAAAAAUCAAGGAUCUUCUCUUAUCAUGCUUUUCAACAUAAAUCCUUUAACAUCUUUCAACCAAGUCACAACACAUUUGCUGGAAGUCUUGCACGCCAGGUAUCAGGCAGAACAAUGGCACAAGAACGGAGAAGGUGGUAAUGAAUCUAUGAACAAAGGGGGACCAUUCAAUAACUCGACUCUAGAAAGUUCUAUUUCUGGUAUGAGAGCAGGCAGUCUGAAUCAGCAGCAACAGAACUUGUAUGAAGCUAUUAGAUCGUUCCCGUACCCAGAAGGUAUUUCAACAAAACAGUUGCUAGAGAAGUUCCCGAGUAUAAGUCAAGGGGAGUUGGUUAAGAUUACUGAUUUUUUGUGUAACGAGGGACAUAUUUAUACGAGUAUAGAUGCCGAUCAUUUCUUGAGCACUGACAUUUAAAAUUGU